CCCCGACCUGUCGUCUUCCGAAUCAUCUUUUCUUGGGGAAAAAGGGUGCGAAAAUUGCGGAAGAGUCAAUACGUGGGAAAUACAAUGGCUGUUGCUACCACCGCUGCAUCUUCGUCGGCGACGGAGGAGGAGCUGACGCUGACGGUAAAGUGGAGCGGCAAAGAGUACACCGUGCGAGUCUGCGGCGACGACUCGGUGGCCGAGUUGAAGCGCAGAAUCUGCGAACUCACUAACGUUCUGCCUAAGCGACAGAAGCUUCUCUACCCCAAAAUCGGAAACAAGCUCUCUGAUGACUCCGUCUUGCUCUCUUCUAUCCCUCUCAAGCCCUCUCUCAAGAUGACCAUGAUUGGUACCGUUGAGGAGGAUAUAAUUGUGGAUCCGGUGGAUUCUCCUGAGAUUGUUGAUGACUUUGAAAUUGGACAAGAUGAAGCUGUUGAUAUUAAAGAUAAAGAGGUCAAUAAGCAAAAAUUAAAGAGACGCAUAGAUCAAUACAAGAUUGAACUUAGAAGUCCAUGCCGCCCGGGAAAGAAGCUGCUUGUUUUAGAUAUUGACUAUACUUUAUUUGAUCACCGGUCCCCAGCCGAGAAUCCUCUUCAACUCAUGCGACCUUAUCUGCACGAGUUUCUUACAGCUGCUUAUGUAGAGUAUGAUAUCAUGAUAUGGUCAGCAACAAGCAUGAAAUGGGUUGAGUUGAAGAUGGGACAGCUUGGAGUACUUAACAACCCCAACUACAAAAUCACAGCACUUCUGGACCAUUUAGCAAUGAUCACAGUUCAGUCAGAUUCUCGUGGGAUCUUUGAUUGCAAACCACUUGGUUUAAUUUGGGCUCACUUUCCUGAGUUCUACAACUCAAGGAACACCAUAAUGUUUGAUGAUUUGAGAAGAAAUUUUGUGAUGAACCCACAGAAUGGUUUGGUUAUCAAACCUUUCCGGAAGGCUCAUGCUAACAGAGACACUGACCAAGAGCUUGUAAAGCUCACUCAAUACUUAUUAGCCAUUGCUGAACUUGAUGAUUUGAGCACCCUUGACCACAAUAACUGGCAGUCAUUCACUGAGGACAACACCAAAAGACGCCGCCAUGCAUGAGUUACAGUGGCCAUUAUCAUCCUUUUGGAGGGGGCACAAAUAUCACAUUGUAAAACAGUUAUCUGUCAUCCUGGCCAUGGCUCGAACCCUUGAUUUCGAUUUUUCCUUUGGCAUUGUAAACUGAUGCAGUAUUACAUUUAUGUAUAAAUAUUUUAUCAUGAAAAGCUGGAUAUGAGCUGUUUCAUAGUAGAUUUGUGGUGGAUUGAAGAUGUUAUUUCUAAAAAUGAAUUUUCCUUUUGAAC